AUGGCGGAAGGCGGUGAUGCGGGCAGGGUCAGACGAACGCAGGGAGAUGAUAGCCCUUACUCGAGCACGGCGUUUACAGCUUGGGAAGAUGCACUAGAGAAGCUCAAGGCUCUGGACUACGAGGCGAGCUUCUGCAAGCCCAAUAACUUGCAACCUUUCAACAGGUCGUACUUUUCUAUUCCAGGAUCGAACGCGAGCCUCCAGGUAGACAAGUACGACGACCCCAACACGGCGGUCAACAAGCUCAUGCUGGCGCUGACGGGCAUGGGGUUCGACCUAAACUUUCCCGCCAACCGCCUCAAGCAGGCGUACGGCGAGGCGGCGUGCUCCGUGCUGAACUUCCUGACGGACAAGGCGCUGUCGGCGACGGGUUUCGUUUGGCGGAGGCCGGUGUACGCGGCCGAGGACGCCGCGGAGGAGGCGGAGCCGGUAGACGACUGCGACAUGGCCGAUAUCGCCGACGAGGCAGAGGUGGAGGAGGAGCAAGAGGACGAGCAGGACUUUUCCGACCUAAUCAAGGCCGAAGAGGACGACGACAUGGGGGUCAACGACAGCCAGGCAGCCAUGCUCGAAGCCAAGGUCGACCCCGUGGAGUGGAAGCGAGAGUUGGAGCGCGUGGGUCCUAAGCUCAAGAUGGCGGCCUCUGCUGCGGGGAAGGAGUGGCGAGGGCACGUCGAGCAGACCAAGAAGCACGAGGAGGCGAUCCAGGCCGCCUUGCCCGUGACCACGACACAGCUCGCUCUGAUAGGGACCGAGGUGACCGAGAGCGUGGAAAAGAUGCGGGUAAAGGAGCGCUUCAUCAACAACCAGCAUGACGGGCUCAGGGAGGAGUACGUCCAGCUCCAUGACGAGCUGAAGGCCGUGGAGCUGAAGCACCAAACCACGAGUGGGUCGGUGGGGGAACUUACGGAGUCCCUUUCGGCCUUAAGCGACGAGCUCCAGGAGCUCAAGGAGAAGAUGGACUCCAAGGGGGACGCGAUGAGCGAGGCGAGCCCUUUGGUGAGCAUAAAGCAGGCGCUGCAGCAGAUCAAGGCGGAGAUCAAGACCUUUGACCUGCGCAUCGGUGUCGUGAGCCACACCCUCCUGUCCACGAAAAUACGCAGGAGCAAGGGGACGGCUUCCGAGGCAAACUCUCCAAAGGGAUCGAGAGGUGGUGGCACGAAUAGCAGCAGCAGGAGAACGGCAGGAAUCGGCGGAGACGACGAGGAAGACUUCGACAUGAGCGAUAGCGGCGACGACUGA